UAUACCUUUGUUUACAUUUGACAUCGAACGAAAAUAUUUGUAAAUAGGUAAGGAAAGAAAGCUCCAUCGUAAAAAACAAUAAAAAUGGUAGUACCACAAUCAAACAAACGAGAGCAGGUGUUGAAAUUAAUUGAAGAAAAGGAUAAGCUUGAGGCUAAAAUCAACGAACUUGGAAAUGUACUAAGAGCAAAUAAUGUCGGAAUGACUGAUGAAUUAACAGACUCGGAAGAUUUUCCCAGGAAUGAUAUUGAUGUCAUGGCUGUACGACAAGCGCGACAUGAAAUAAAUUGUUUACAAAAUGAUUUGAAACAGUUGCUAAAAGUAAUUGAAGCAGGUCUUGAAGAAAUUCAUUCGGAAGGUUCGCAUAUUACUUCACCGAAAAUUCCACCAGAUGUUGCGAUGCAAAGUUCAACUAGUGUUUCAAAUAACCGUUCCCCCUUUGUCAUUGUCAAUCUUGUCAGCCCGGGGUCUCCAGCGGAGGAAGCGGGAAUUCAGCUACGAGACGAAAUUGUUGAGUUUGGCUCAAUAAAUGUAGAUAAUUUUCAAGAUCUCGGUCAAAUUGGUGAAUUGGUGCGACAUUCUCAAAAUCAGAAUAUAUCUUUAAAAGUAAGAAGAGCUAGAAAUUUGAUAGAUAUAACACUUGUUCCGAAAACUUGGCAAGGUCGUGGCUUAUUGGGGUGUAAUAUAGUUCCAAUACCAACAUCUUCUACUCCUUCUCAUCUAUCAUAAUUAAUGAUUUUGUAUUAAUGUAUUUGUCCUUCAAGAGAAGAAGAUCGAAAAGAAAUUUUUGUGAAACAAAUAAAAAUUCAGUUGAAUAUUUUUGUUUUAUAUGUACUAUUUAUUUGUUUACUUAAUAUUACUUUGAAUGCAAAAAUUACAAUAUAUUUUUCUAAGACGUUCACACCAACUGUUUAACAAGUUUUGCCACAC